CCACCAGGGAGUGCUCUCUCUGCACGAGACAGACAGAAGUAAUAACACAAGAAAAACGAACGCGACAGGAAAGACACGCAAGCGGUGGAGGAAACCGCCGCCACGACUCGCUUUGCGCAUGCGCGGGGGUGGUGUUUUUUUGUUUUUUUUUUUUUUUUUCACAAAGCUGUUCUUAAAGUGAGCUGGCAGCGUGCGGUCCAGCUGCCUUUGUAAGGAUAUCGCAAGUGUUGGGCGGCUGCCGUUGUCUUCACAGUCAUUCCGAUGAAGUGUUCGUAGGGGACACGCUGAUCUUGUUGGCAGGCUCUUUACGCAGCAGAGGUGUUGUUCAGUGUAAAGCGAAGGUCGCGUUUUGUAUGAGACCUUGACUAUUUUUUUGUUUUCCUUACAGUAUAUUUUUAUGCACUCCGUUAAAAAUCAUGGUGCUGGGGAAGGUGAAGAGUUUGACAAUAAGCUUUGACUGUCUCAGUAACAGCAAUAUCCCCGUGUAUUCUAGCGGGGACACAGUCUCAGGAAGGAUCAGUUUUGAAGUUACUGGGGAAAUUAGAGUGAAAGCUCUUAAAAUUCAUGCAAGAGGACAUGCAAAAGUACGUUGGAGCGAAUCUAGAAAUGCUGGAUCCAACACUGCCUAUACACAAAAUUACACCGAAGAAAUAGAGUAUUUUAACCAUAAGGACGUUCUAGUUGGGCAUGGAAGAGAUGAUGACAAUUCUGAAGAAGGCCUUUACACCAUUCAUUCAGGAAGGCAUGAAUAUGCAUUCAGCUUUGAGCUUCCACAGAUACCACUUGCUACCUCAUUUGAAGGCAAGCACGGCAGUGUGCGGUAUUGGGUGAAAGCUGAAUUGCAUCGGCCUUGGCUUCUACCAGUAAAAUUAAAGAAGGAAUUUACAGUCUUUGAACAUAUAGAUAUCAACACUCCUUCAUUACUGUCACCCCAAGCAGGCACAAAAGAAAAGACUCUAUGUUGUUGGCUUUGUACCUCAGGCCCAAUAUCUUUAAGUGCCAAAAUUGAAAGAAAGGGCUACACCCCAGGUGAAUCAAUUCAGAUCUUUGCUGAGAUUGAGAAUUGCUCUUCCCGUAUGGUGGUGCCAAAGGCAACCAUUUACCAAACACAGGCAUUCUAUGCCAAAGGGAAAAUGAAGGAAGUCAGACAGCUUGUUGCCAACCUCCGUGGGGAAUCCUUGUCAUCUGGCAAAACAGAAACCUGGAAUGGCAAACAGUUGAAAAUUCCACCUGUUUCCCCUUCAAUCCUUGACUGUAGUAUAAUCCGUGUGGAGUAUUCACUGAUGGUAUAUGUCGAUAUUCCAGGAGCUGUGGAUUUAUUCCUUAACUUACCACUGGUCAUUGGUACCAUUCCUCUACAUCCAUUUGGUAGCAGAACAUCAAGUGUAAGCAGCCAGGGUAGCAUGAACAUGAAUUGGCUUGGUCUGACUCUGCCUGAAAGACUAGAAGCACCUCCUAGCUAUGCAGAAGUGGUCACAGAGGAAAACAGACAGUCUGACCUUGCACCUGUAGCUGCUUUUGAUGAUUUUCAGAGAGCACUGCAAGGACCAUUAUUUGCAUAUAUCCAGGAGUUUCGUUUUCUGCCUCCUCCCCUAUAUUCAGAAAUUGAUCCAAACCCACAUCAGCCCACAGAUGAGAUACCAUCUUGCCCCUCUCGUUGAAGGAAUCCAUAAAAAGCUGACUUGACUUGGGUUUUGAAUCAUACCUUCUGUGUUGAAGAUGAAGGUGUCAUAGUGGAGACUUGCUUUUAAAGGAAAUGGUAUUGUUCUUGCCUGUAUGGUGAAUAAAUGAAAAGAACCUGUGAUCAUGCUUUGACACCUACAGCACAUCAUAGGACUUCUCCACAUGCUUAAAAACCUGCGUCCCCCUCCAUUAAAUAGUGGCACAUACUAGGAGCAGCCUUAUUAUAAUGCAGUCAGGUGUUUCAAAACACUCAAAUCAUGUUGUAAGAGAGGAAUGGCUGCUUUCUAUGAUUUUAUGAAAAUUUGCACAUGCUUAUUACUUAUGUUACAUUGUUAAGUGUCACUAUGACUUAUUCUCAUUUGUGAUGGACUGUUGUUACCACUCCCCCUAUUGUUUGUGAUCUGCACAACAAGGAACAAAAGACAGCUUUACCAAAAAAAAAAAAAAAAAAAAAAAAAAAAAAGAAGAGAUGAAGGCUGAUAAAUGCCCUGACUUUUUAUUUUCUUUUAACUUCCUGUAGCCUGGACUUUACCUGCCUAUGCACAUGCUCCGAAUUGUCCUAGUAGGCUGAUCCUGUAUCACCUCUUCAGCUUAGAUCCUAUUGUGGAUUUAUUUACAAACAUUACACGCCUUCAAAGUCAAUCCUUGCUGUAUGUUUUGCAGCCAGCUGUAGUAGACAAGCAACAGAUAGGUGGGGGAAGAGAUAACAGAAGGAAACUAAUAAGAGACAUGAUCAAGAUUGUAUACCUUCUUGAUCUCUUCAAAGAAUUUGUUGCCUUUCUGCUUUUAUUGCAAAGCAGUGUUUUGUUACAGACUGCCUAAAGAUCACUUAAUCUCAGGUGAAUUCAUCACUUGCCAAACUGUUAGAAUGCUAUUUGUUUUGUUAUGUUGCACUGUUAUUUAUAUUUGUGUUUUGGUUUUGUUCUUUGAGGGGGAUUUUGAACAGGGACAUGUGCAAAACUUACAAAGUGAAAGCAGCACCAGCAGACACUAGCAAAGUGUGAAAAAAAGUGUGAAAAGGGGAUAAUCAUAUGCUGUCCAGGGUUCAUGGGCAGAGAUAACUAUUAGGGAUGGGAAGGAGGUUUGUUGGUUGGUUUGUGUUUGGUUUUAUUUAAAUAAUAUGUAGUUACCUAAUCAUCAAAAAUUAUAUCUAAAAUGAGUGUCCAGUAGAAAGUGUAUUUCAGAUUGCAAGAAAAAAUUGAAUGAUGGCAACUAAGCAGCAGCUCAGUUUGCCCGUUUGGUAUUAUCUUCAGGGUUUAUGAUACGCUGUCACAGAAUCAUAGAACACCAGAUUGGAAAGGAGCUCAAGGAUAAUCUGGUCCAACCUUUCUUGGCAAAAGCAUGGUCUCGACAAGAUGACCUAGUACACCUAAAAAGUGUCCAAUGUUGGGGAAUCUGCCACUUCCCUGGGGAGAUUACUCCAAUGGCUGAUUGUUCUCAUUGUGAAAAAUUGUUCUCUCAUGUCCAAUUGGAAUCUCCUGAGGAGUAACUUGUACCUAUUACCCCUUCUCUUUUCCAUGUGACUCCUUGUAAAAAAGAAGUCUCCAUCUUCUUUGUAGCCACCCUUUAAAUACUGGAACACAGUGAUAAGGUCUCCCCUUAGCCUUCUUUUCUCAAGGCUGAACAAAUUCAGUUCUCUCAGCCUUUCUUCACAUGGCACCUUCCCAGUCCUUGAAUCAUCUUUGGUGUCCCUUCUCUGGACCCUCUCCGGCCUGCCCACAUCUUCUUUUGUAUAUCAGGGACCAAAAGCGAACACAGUAUUCCAAGUGCAGCCUGACAAGGCACUGAGUAGAGCGGGAGAAUGACUUCCUUAUCUCUGCUGCUGGUGCUCUUGUUGAUGGAACCCAGCAUCCUGUUGGCUCUCUGCCACAGCAGCUCACUGUUCACUCAUAUUCAGCUUGUUGUCCACCAGGAUCCCUAGGGCCCUUUUCACAGAACAUCUUCCCAGAGGGAUAGAUCCCAGCCUAUGCUGCAUUCCUGGAUGAUGUUUUCCAGGUGCAAGAUGCUUGUCUUUGUUGAACUUCAUAAGGUUCUUGUUAGCCCACUCUUCCAGCCUAUCCAGGUCUUCCUGCAGGGUGGAUCUUUCUUCCAAAGUGUCCGCUUCCUGACUCAGCUUGGUAUCAUCAUCACACUUUAUCAGGGUACACUUGAUUCCAUCAUCCAGAUUACUUAUGAAGAUAUUAAACAGCAUUGGGCUCAGUAUCAAUCCCUAGGGGACUCCACUUGUGACAGAUUUCCAGUUUGAAAAGGAGCUAUUUACCACCACCUUCUAGGUGUGGCCUGUCAGCCAGUUCCCCACCCACUGCACAGACCACUUGUCUAGACCAUAACACAUUAGUCUCUCUAGGAGGAGGCUGUGGGAAACAGCAUCAAAAGCCUUGGAGAAAUCCAUGUAGACAGUGUCCACUGCUUACCCCACAUAACCAAGCCAGUUACUUAGUCAAUAGAGGGUGAUCAGGUUUGUUAAGCAUAAUUUGCCCUUGGUGAGUCCAUGCUGGCUUUUCCCAAUCCCAUGCUUCAUUUGACUUCUGAUAGCCCCAAAGAAGAUUUGUUCAAUAACUUUCCCAGAGACUGAAUAAGACUGAUGGACCUAUAAUCUCCAUGAUCCUCUUUUCAUCCUUUCUUGUAGAUGGGGGUGAUAUUAGCCUUCUUCCAAUUUCCUGGGCAGUCCCCCGAUCUCUGUGACUUCUCAAAGGUUACGGAGAGUAGCCUUGCAAUGAUGUCAGCCAACUCUCUUAACACCCUUGGGUGGAUAGUGUUAGGGUCCAUCAAUUUGUUGGGGUCAAGCUCCUGUAACAGUUCACAUGCCAACUCUUUCUUCAUUGACAGUAGGUCUGUGUUUGCAUCAAGCUGGAUUUUUGUUCCCAAGGCCUGGGGCCCAACAGUGCUGGGUAAAGAAGACAGAGAAGAAAGUGUUGAGAACCUCUAGCCUUUUCAGCAUUGUUGGUGACUAAUUUAUCUCUCCUGUUUGACAUCAGGUCCAUAUUUUCCUUCUGUUUCUUACUGUUUACAUACACAAAGAACCCUUUUCUUUGAGUUUUUGGCAUCUCUGGACAAUUUCAAUUUGGGCUGAACUUUUGCUUUUCUUACUGCUUCUCUGCAUGCCCUGGCAGUGCCUUUGUAGUAUUCAAUAGAUAUUUGUCUGCUUUUCCAUCUCUGGUAUGCUUCUCUUGGUUUUGAGCAGACUUGGAGGCUUGCAGUUAAGCCAAGGGGGUCUCUUGCUCUGCCUAUGAAUUGCUUUUGUGCUUCCAGGGAAGCAUUCUUGGAAAAACUCCCAGCCCUCACUAGCACCUUUAUCCUCUGUGGAAGCUUCCCAUGGAAUCCCUCCCAAGUGAGCUCUGAGCAAGCUGAAGUUUGCUCUUCUAAAAUCUAAAACUUUUGUCUUAAUACUAAACUUUAGUGUGCUCAGCUGGCUCUCCGAUUCCACAAUAUUGUGAUUUCUGCAGCCAAGGUUAUCACUAACAGAUAUUACAAAGCAGGUUUGCUUGGUUUGUGAGAAGCAAGUCCAGCAGUGCCUCAUUUCUGCUUGGCACAUCUAAUGUUUGUAUGAGGAAGCAGUCCUCUACGUAUUCCAGAAACUUGAUGGCUGAUAUAUGAGCUGCUGUACUGUUCUUCCAACAAAUGUCUGGGUAGUUGAAGUCAUCCAUGAGAACCAGGUUCUGUUGACCUGAAGCAUGUUUAAGUGACCCAAAUAUUGCUCCAUUGGCCUUAUCAUCUUGGUUUGGAGGUUGGUAGACUAAAACUAUUAUAAAACUGAGCCAGAGUAUCAGUGUUACCAGCCAUACUCAAAUUAGUUUGCUGAGAAUUGCUCUGAUUGCUCCUGGACUAGUCCUGAGAGCUUUAAAACAAACAAUUUAUAACAAAAAAAUUCCAUUUUAGGGCCAGUUCUCUUCAACAUCUUCAUAAAUGACUUGGAUGCAGGACUCGAAGGUAUACUAAAUUUGCUGACAAUAAUAAAAUGGGAAGAGCUGUUGACUCCCUCAAAGGCAGAGAGGCCCUGCAGAGAGACCUUGACAAAUGAGAGGGCUGGGCAAUCACCAACAGUAUGAAGUUCAACAAAAGCAAGUGCCAGAUUCUGCACAUGGGAUGGGGCAACCCUGGAUGUACAAGACAGACUGGGGAACAAGAGGCUGGAGAGCAGCUCUGCAGAAAGGGAACUGGGGGUCCUGGUUGAUGCCAAGUUAAAUAUGAGUCAGCAGUGCCCCGGCAGCCAGGAGGGCCAACCAUGCCCUGGGGUACAUCAGGCACAACAUCGCCAACAAGUCAAGGGAGGUGCUUGUCCUGCUCUGCUCUGCACUGGUGCAGCCUCAAGUCCUGGGGGCAGUUUUGGGAGCCACAAUAUAAGAAGGAUAUAAAUCUAUUAGAGAGCAUCCAAAGGAGGGCUGCAAAGAUAAUGAAAGGUCUAGAGGGGAAGCCAUAUGAGGAGUGGCUGAGGUCACUUGGUUUGUUCAGCCUGGAGGAGACUGAAGGGAGACCUCAUUGCAGUCUACAGCUUCCUCGUGAGGGCAAGUGGAGGGGCAGGCACUGAUACUGAUCUCUUCUCUCUGGUGACCAGUGACGACCCUAGGGAAUGGCCUGAAGUUGUACUACGAGAGGUUUAGGCUGGAUAUCAGGAAAAGGUUCUUCACUCAGAGGGCGGUUGGGCACUGGAACGGGCUUCUCAGGGAAGUGGUCACAGCACCAAGCCUGACAGAUCUCAAGAAGUGUUUGGACGAUGCUCUCAGGCACAGGGUGUGUUUCUUGGGACUGUCCUGUGCAGGGCCAGGAGUUGGACUUUGAUGAUCCUUGUGGGUCCCUUCCAACUCAAGAUAUUCUAUGAUUCUAUGAAACAAACAAAAAAUCCAACAACUUUAAUCAUACAUUCACCUAGAAUGCAAGAAAUUAUAUAGAAAAAGCACUGACUCCUUGAACGUAUUCUAAAGAAGAAAUGAAUGAUGGAGCUAUUAGAUCUGAUCAGUGUUUUUAUGCUAGAAAUUUGUAAAUGUAAAUUUUCUUUUCAGAAAUCACAUUCAAAAAAACAAAAAACAACCAGCCACCACCAACAAAAAACCCCACCCAAAACAAAAAAAAACAACAACAAAAACUAUUGUCUGAUGUUGACUAUUUAAAAACUAAUUCAUCAUAUGAAUCCUUGUGCAAUGAAACAGCUCAAAAGGGAGGGGAGGGAAAGUUGGUGUUUCUGUAUUGUGCUCAUUCUUACAAAGUUAGGCCUUAUUUUUGAGGCUUCAUAAAUAUAAUAAAAUAGGCUGUUCCAUAAGUGGCCUUUAUGAGAACAUGAAAAAUAUUUUAUGUUCCAAAAAUGAUGACAGGGUGAUUAAAUGAGAGUCACGUCUUAAGUUUGAUUCAGUUCAAAUGUUUGGGCUUUGAUAAGCAAGAAUUGGAAAUUGGGUGAUGUCUUAUGCUGCCAUUUUUGUGACUGUCCUUUCCUUCAAUCUUUUCCAAUCAGACAAAAUUUUACAAGUUAAAAUUGUUGGCAUAAAAGGGCAUUUGAUGAUUUUAUGGGUUUUUUUUUCCUUUUUCUUAACAGACUAGGGAACAAUUGUUGAUAUACAUAGCAUUGAAGCACUUAUCCCAGUAUAUUGGAAAAACUAUAUAUGAAGCAAAAUUGACCAAUGUUGUCAUAAUUGAUGUUGCAUCACAGGCUGUGAUCAGAGUGAAAAAUUCUAAAACGUUAUCAAAUAAAGAUUUCUCACUUAAACUUUUUUAUUAGUUGUUCAGAGGCAUUAUAGGUUCAUAGUUGUAGCCCAAUAUUUGAUAUAGAAUCUUGAUCCGAAUUAGGAAAAAGUAAAAUCCAAGCAUUAGAGACAAAGUGCAGUAUUAAAUGCUUGCUUUAUAGAUUCUAUUCUAUGUCUGGGUUUUGGUUGGGGGUUUUUGGUUGUUUCUUUUUUUAAAUUAACUUUUGGUGCUGAAUAUGUCCUUAUGGACUUUAAGAGAACUAUGUGGAAAACAAAUUUUUUUCUAUUGUUCUUCCUUGUGAAAAAAAACCCUUCAAAAUUUUGUUUAAAUGCUUUAAAAUGCUUUAAUUGUAAUCUGCAAGAUUGUUGUGACUUAAACAUUUAAUAUGUCUUUGUGUAAAAUAACAGCCAUAAGGAUCAAAUUACUAUCAGAAAUGCAUAUGCUAUGUAUCAACUACAUAGGAAAAAACUAUUUCUGGAGCUACAUCACUGAUUAGUAACAAGAGCUGAGUUUCAGCACCUUCAGUUCCUUUGUCUUGUUUAUAUCAAUGGUUUCUUAGGGCUAGGUUUCAGCUGGCAAGCUAUAAUACAAUCUCCUAAACUUAGAAAAUACCAAUAACUUACAGGAUAUAAUUUAUUAUUUUUUUCCGGACACUGCUUAAAAAUUACUGUGACUCGUGACCUCUGUUCAAGUUAUUUAGUGUUUUCCAGUACAUAUGGUGGGGGGUGGGGAUUGCACUUUUUUGUAGGGGUGGGAAGAAACAGGACAAAAGGGACUUACUUUAAAGGACAGAGAACUCAGUGAUUUGCAGUUGGGAUCUGAAAGUUGAUUUGUUGAACUGGGGUCAAUAAGGUGUGUCUUGCUGUUUACUUAGAAGUCUAAUGUUACCAGAUGUUGAAAAUCACUAUCUGUGAUUUGUGUUUUGGUCAGUAGAGCUUUGCAAGAUAUUAAUACAGCUCCUCAACAUUCCAGAAAUGAAGCACUGCCAUAGCAUCUUGUUUCUGUAUACUGCACACAGCUGAACCUCUGAAAGAAUGAACUAUCAUCAUUUCUUGGUAUCAAAGUGUCUUUUGACCUAAGGCAAGGUUCACUAGGCUAGCAGCCGGGACUCAGGAGUCCAAUAAAUGCUGUUCCUGACUGUUGGUGUUAAAGGUACCGAAGACCACUAAAUUAUCAUGGUAUUGUUACAGGAGGUUUGAUGGUGUAUGCUACUAACAUAGACAACCCAAACAUUGGAUCUAACUCCUUGUAUAAUGCAAACUGUAGACUUCCUAAAUGCGUGAAUUAUUGUGUCAAAUAAAGCAUUUUUAUUUAAUUUUGAAUUUGUAACUGCCAACUAGGGAGAAUCCAGAAAGAUCUUUUAGGGUUGGGAUUUUUCCCAUUAAUAGCACUGUGACUCAUUUGUUCCUGAGUUUGGAUUGAAACCAAUAGGAAAUAUAAAAAAUAAGGUUGUCUCUCAUUAUGCUUAUAGACUCAGAAUUCCUUUAUAGAUGAGUGACAAUGAUUAGAUUAUUUUUUCUAAUAACAGCACAACUCUUUUUAAUAACUAAAGUUUCUAAUGCUACGUGGCAAUGUCAGAAUUUAAAUUAUCAUCAGUGUCAUUUAAGAGACAGACAUUUUGAGCAUUUUUGUGCAACAUUUUCUUGAAUUUACAGUUUUAGACCACAACCACUGCUCAUGAUUUUUUUUCUACCUUUAGGUUUAUUGCUAGUGAUACCUUAAAGACCUAGAAAUAAAACAGCACGCUUUCGAGACAAUGUUAGUAUAGGAGGUAAUAUAAUAUAAAGGCUGGUCUUUAUUGGAGGGCUUCAGGGGCAGAUAUGGAAAAAUGCCCAACCCACAUGGGGUGAAUACAGUUUCAUAAGCUUGGCAGAUUAGCAUAAUUGACAAGAAUCCCCAAUUAGAAGCACAAGUGACGAAGUAAUUCCCCUCUUUUGGUUCCACCUUUUCUGUAGCCCCCCCCCCCCCCUUUAGAUAGAAACUAAACUUUGUUUAUGAAAAUGUGUCUCGAAGAGCUGGUUUCAACCUUGGCUCCCAGGAAGAACCAAGAUAGGAUAGGGGCCUUGGGCCCCUGGGGUUUGGAGUCUCUGGAAUGUGUUUUGUCUUUCUGCCUAUCAGGGUAGGGAAAAGUACUAGAGCCAGCUAGGAAGUAUAUAACUGUACAACAAUAGUCUACAGAGCUACAAAUAUAUAUAUAUGAAGGAAAUAUAAAAGCAGAAAUCAUUUUGGCAACACUAGCAUGAAUAAAAUAUUGGAAAUUACCAGUUUUAUUCUUUGAGAUAUGGGGGGGGUUCAUUUAAAAAAACAAAUGUUUUGUAUUUCUGAAUAUUAAAAUACCUCUGCAUUCAUACAAAUCUGUGCUAUACCAGGAUAUAAAACUAAUGAUUCUAUCAGCUAUACAUAAAAAAAUAUAAAAGGGUGAUGAAUCAUAAAACUCCAAUAUCUGAGAGAUAUUAGGCAACAUUGCAAAGCUGAUCAAUAUUUUUUUCCCAGUUAUCUAGUUAAAAUAAUACUUAUUAAUCCCUUUUUUAAUUUAAGCCUUUCAUGUUUUAGGAAAAUCAGCCAGUAAUUUACCAUAAACUACAGCUACCUUAGUUUUUUGCAGGACAGCAGCACUCACAAAAGUUCAGCUACAGAAUCAAAGAACAUUCUUCAGAACAGAUAGAGUAAGCUUGGCUUUUGUCCAGUAAUGAACUUUCUACAGGGACAAUUCUUUGCUAAUGUGAAUGCUGCUGAUUUGAACCGAAUCCUGUGAAUCAAAUUAUAUGGCUAUAUGCAACUGCAAAGAGUCAAGCGUCCAAUGUGAUUUUUCAGUAGGCUUCUGUUACAAGAUGACAGCUGCUCCUAGGAAUAUUGAUUUGACUGGAGAGUCCAGCCUGACUCAGUCUAGUCACAGACUUUCCACACUCCAUGAAUUUUGAGCAGAAUCUUCUUCAGAGACUCUCAGGACUUUAGGAGAUGCCAAGGAGUUAUACUUGCAUGACAGUUAAAAAGGAUUUAUUUCUUUUCUAGUGAAAGCAAUGUGCAAAGACAUGUCAUCAGACGUGUUUCAACUGCCCUCUGAACGAUAUUCUUGAAAUAGUGUGGUGGUUUUAAAGCACUAGCUAAAAAAUUCACCAGAAAACGUACUUAUCUCUUGCUGAGAUAUGAAUUAGGAGAAGGGUAAAACAGGCUUAAAACUUAAAAGGAAUAAAGAAAGUUUAUUAACAAAACUACAAGAAGAAACCAGAAUAAAACCUCCAGAAACUUUUUUUCCCCACCACUCAACCUUUCUUUUGUCUAACUGACAACAUAGAGAGAAAACCUGGUGGUUAAAGCAGUCCCAACAUUGCUAUAGUCUUUUCAUCAGUUUUUGUAGAGAAAAGGAGUCUCCUUUUGUCAGUCUAUGGAGAGUUCUCCACAAGAAAAAUACUUUUCUCAUGGCUUUUCAUUCCCCUGAUGCCAGCCACCCGGAAAACUCUGCCAUCAGUCUUUUCCUCCCAUUUCACACCACUCUGAUGUGUGUUCAUGGGCCAUGAACUCAAGGGGUGUCAUUUUAAGGAUGAGUUAUUCAAAGAGAAAAGUUCUUUUCAUUUGUCUCUGUGAUCAUCUCUGGGAACAGAGGUUUUCUCUUUUUCUCUUUGGGGGCCACGAGUCUUCAGCAACUCUCACUUCUCUUUCUCUGUUCCAGCAUCUCAUGGGAUCACAGCUACUUCACCAUCUGCUCAGAUCUACACUUUGAAAUACUUCAUUCCCCCCAAAAUACUCUUUCAUGAAUUAAAGCAGUUUUUCAGAACAUUAUUGUCCAUCUCCAUAGCCUUACCAAAAGAAUAUUUCAGCUUAUUAAAGAAUCUCUUCAUUCUCUUCUCAUCUGAAGCUUGAUUCUUUCCCUCACUAACUGUGAUAGUUUAUGUUGUCUCUCUACAUGUUGAUCACCUUCACUUUCUUUUCUCUGGAAAAAGGAUUAAAUCUGCAGGUCUCAUCUGGGUAGUGAAAGAGUUAAAAUCUUGCCCAGGUCUUGUGGAUGAUCACGUGAUCUCUGCCGGAGCAGAGGCUGGGGCUGUUUGCGAUGGAAGAUUUUCGGUGGCUGUGCUGAGGGAGGGUGGCGAGCAUUUCAGCAGCCAGGCUAGCACUCCGAGGCAGCACGCCGCGGGCUGAUGGCUUCUCCUCCCUUUACUCGGCAGUCUCUGGUGAAACCCAGCAGCGGCAGAAUUCCAGCUGAGCCAGAGAUCGGCCUGGCCCGGCAGCACAGCUGUACAAGGCUCAGCGGGCUUCCCGAGGGGGCUCAGCCCUUCUGGGAAGGGGCUCCUGCCACUUCACAGUCUCCAUCCCCCCGCCCAGGAGUUGCUGGAGUCUGGCUCAGCCACCCUCCCCCCAGGGCAGACA